CCGUAUCCACGCCUUUCAGCCUGCCUUUGUUUCUUUGCUUCUUCCCUUCCAUCUCUGUCUCUCUCUCUCUCUGAGAGACGCGAAACUGAAACUUCCACGAGACACAACCCUAUUUCACUCCUAAACUAUUAGCCAUCUCUAUUCUCUUCCUUCUCCUCCUCCUCUCCGGAGGUAUAUAUUUAUUAGCAAGUUUGUUGUUAGCUUUCGCACUUCCAAAGGUUUCUGUUGGAUUGCUUUCCAUGGCGUCUUCCAUAUCCGAGACGAAUUUUGAGGAGUCGAAGCGAAUAAAGCGGAGGAAAACCGGGGACGAACUGCGAGAUCCGGAUACGAUAGACCACACCAGAUGGAGAUCCGAAUCGGAGCAGAGGAUCUACUCCACAAAGCUUGUUGAGGCUAUCCGGCAGGUCCGCCGGAAUUCCUCGCCUGAGAAUAAGGUAUCCUCUGGCCGCGACAUCCGAGAUGCGGCGGACGGGGUUCUGGCUGUGGCGGCCAAGGGUAGGACUCGUUGGAGCCGGGCGAUUCUGGCGAGUCGGCUCAGGUUGAGACUCGCUCACAACAACAUGAAGCACAAGAAGGCGAGGGUGGCGAAGGUGACGGGCUCUAUCCGGUCGAAGAUGCCAGAGAAGAAGCGGUCUAUACCGGCUCUGCAGAGGAAAGCGAAGGUACUGAGCCGUUUGGUUCCCGGUUGUCGGAAAGUCUCGUUCCCGAACCUUUUGGAAGAAACGACCGAUUACAUUUCGGCUUUGGAGAUGCAGGUCCGAGCCAUGGCCGCACUCACCGAGCUCCUCACCGGUUCGCCGGUCGACCGGCUCACCUCGACCUCUGACUCGUAAGACCUUGGCUUUACCGUGCCAGGUGUCCUUAGUUUUUUUUUCCCUUUAAUUUUCCCCCUUUAAAUAUUGUUUAUGAAUUUAUAAAUUCAUGCAUUUCAUCGUGUACAUGACUUUUUCUUCCUUUGGAGCUCCAUCCACUAUCUUUAAUUUUUUUUUUUAUAAAUAAUUUAUUCUUUAAUUGAAUUGAAUAUGCUAUGCUACCCAA